AUGCUUUUUGUAUUGGGUUUGAUUUCUUUGUUGACUUUUAUCACCUGGCAAUACUACAAGAAGACAAAAUUACCGCCAGGUCCUUAUCCAUGGCUUUUCUUUGGUAACAUCCCUGAACUUCUCUACUUGAGCCUCUUUGAGAAGUUAGAUAUUUUGGAGAUCUAUCAAUGGUUGAUGCAAAAAUAUGGAAAAGUUUUUACUUUAUGGCUCGGUCCAAUGCCAACAGUGAAUAUUUGUGAUUACGAAGUGAUGUACGAUGUUUUUGUUCGCAGAGGCAAUGAGCACAGUCGACGAUACGAAGUGCCGUUUCUUUGUCUCCCGAGAAGUGACAACAGUGGUAAAAUCCAUGGUGUGAUGAUGUCAAAUGAUGACCUCUGGAAUGAACACCGAAAAUUCAUUGUGCGUGUCUUGAAAAAUUUUGGAAUUGGAAAAGGGAUUAUCGAGGAUCGAAUCAUGGAUGAGUUCGAGCGUCAAUUUGCCGGCGUUGAGAAGAAAAUGGAGAAUGGAUCGGCGACAAUCGACUUCUCGAAACUCGUCGAUCUUUGCAUUGGAAAUACGAUCAAUCGAAUCAUUUUUGGGUAUCGUUUUGAUGAGGAUAACUACAAAAAUUUCCAUUCGGUGAAAGUCCCACUGGACGAAGCCUACGCAAACGUGACCACAUUUCAUAAUUUUCUUCGAUCUUGGUUUAAAAGUUUACCAUAUUUAAACAAAUUUUACGACAAUAUCAUGAUCCCACAGGAAAAAGUGCUUAAAUUCGCCGAAAUGGAGGCGAAAAAGAGGCAUGAAGCUAUUGAGAAUGGAACUUACUCAUUGGAGGGUGAACCGAUGGAUUUUAUUGAUGCUUAUUUGAUGGAACAGAGGAGAUUGGGAGGGAAUGAGACGACAAUGAAUGAUUUCGGCCUUUAUACAGACAUUCUCGAUCUUUGGGUGGGCGGUCAGGAAACGACUUCGUUAACGCUCAAUUGGGCUUUCAUCUUUUUGCUCAGACAUCCAGAAGUUGUUGAGAAAUGCAGAAAAGAGAUCCACAUGGCAACUGACGGAAUUCGAGACGUCCGUGUUUCGGAUAAAGAGUCGACUCCGUAUGUGAACGCUACUAUCACAGAAAUUCUAAGACUUUCGCAUAUUUUAAACUUAAACUUGAUGAGAGAAACGAUCGGUGAAUCAAAAUUUGGUGAUUACACAGUGCCAGCUGGGACCAAGUUCUCUCCAGUUGUCUCUGUGAUCAUGAUGGAUCCAAAGAAUUUCGAGCAACCGAAUCAGUUUCGCCCGGAGCGUUUCAUCGAGAACCCAUCGAAAGCCGAAUUGGUGGUCCCAUUUCUGAUCGGGCGACGCGUUUGCUUCGGAGAACCACUGGCGAGAAACGAACUCUAUCUAUUUAUCACGAAUGUUCUGCAACGCUAUGCAAUUGCUGAGGAUCCCAAAUGUCCACUCGAAAAAGAGGUUCGUGUUCGACUCGACGGAUGGAUAAAUCGAGUGAAACCAUAUAAAAUGAAACUUACAAAGUUAAAC